GUCUCCUAACGCCGCAACCCGCUUCGCUCUCUCCUACCGACAACGAGCCGCGAACAAUCGUCAAGAUGGCUUCGCAGGCGGACUACAAGGACCGGCAGUUUCUCGCCGUGAUCGGAGACGAGGACUCGGUGACGGGACUGCUCCUCGCAGGCAUCGGCCAUGUCACCGCCGGUGCCGACGCGCAGAAGAACUUCCUCGUGGUCGACAGCAAGACUGACAAUGCCGCCGUCGAGUCAGCUUUCGACCGUUUCACCCAGGAGAGGAAAGAUAUUGGCAUCGUCUUGAUCAACCAACACAUUGCUGACAGAAUACGGCAUCGGAUCGACACCUAUACGGCGGCUUUUCCUACGGUCCUCGAGAUUCCAAGCAAAGAUCACCCUUAUGACCCCGAGAAGGACAGUGUGCUGAGGCGGGUACGCCGGCUUUUUGGCGAAUAAAGGGGAGGUGCCUCGUCAGAUGGGCAGCACUUGGAGGCGUCGUCUUAUGACGAGGCUGCGGGUCAGUAGAGACUAGUACAUUCAUUCACCGGCGGCAGACCCGUGGCAUGGGAAUCCUUCCUAACUUCAAUUUGCAUUCAACGCGGCAAUGUAUGCUAAGCGCAUGAUCCCUCUAGUAAACGUAGCUAUACUCCCCGUUCACGCAGCCUAAGUUUCAAGACGAAGGG